AGUGAUAAGGAAAGAAAAUCUCUCAUCUUCAAGGCCGUCUCGUCAGAUUUCUUUUUCAUUUUUAUUUUAACGUUUGGUUUCGUCUGUAAUUCGUUAUCUUCCUUAAGAAAAAAAAAAAAUCAGAUUUUUUUCAGAAUCAAAAAAAAAAAAAAAUACUGAAUCAAGCUGUCUCAUAACAGUCUUUAUAGAUCAGACGAUAAUCGAAUCCAAAGACCCAAUUUUUUUUGUUUCGGUCUGAUUUCGUCUCUCUUUGUUCUUUUCACCUUUUUUUUUUUUUUGUUUUGUCUCUUCCCUUUCAUUUUGUGUUUCUUCAAAACCUGAUCUGAAAACUUUUUGUCAGAAAAAAAAAUGUCAGAGUUUCGAUAACGAUGUUGGUCAAUGGGUGAAUUUUAGUUUGAAGUUCAAUUAGAUUACUUGGUGAAUCUAUUUGGGUCAAAAUAGUUUUGAUUCGAUUCAGAUAUUCGAAUUUGAAUUGGGGAUCUUCGAAUUCGACCAAGCUUUUCGAGAGUCAAGGAACAAAAAUUGAGAUCUGGGUCAACUUUAGCUUUUAAGAGAUUGUAGAAAGGAGGAAACUUUUUGAUUUGGAAACGAUGGAUCGUGUGGUUGGUGGCAAGUAUAAGCUUGGACGUAAACUUGGAAGUGGUUCAUUUGGUGAACUUUUUCUAGGGGUUAAUGUACAAACUGGUGAAGAAGUUGCUGUGAAGCUUGAACCUGCGAGGGCUAGGCAUCCUCAACUUCAUUAUGAAUCAAAGCUCUAUAUGCUUCUUCAAGGAGGAACUGGAAUUCCGCAUCUAAAAUGGUAUGGGGUAGAGGGUGAAUUCAACUGUAUGGUGAUUGACCUUUUGGGUCCGAGCAUGGAGGAUUUAUUUAAUUAUUGUAGUCGGAGGUUUAAUCUAAAGACGGUUCUAAUGCUCGCAGAUCAGAUGAUAAAUAGAGUUGAGUAUAUGCAUGUCCGGGGAUUUCUUCAUCGUGACAUAAAGCCAGAUAACUUUUUGAUGGGUCUUGGACGCAAAGCGAACCAGGUGUAUAUCAUUGACUACGGACUUGCAAAAAAGUAUAGAGAUCUUCAAACUCAUAGGCACAUUCCCUACAGGGAAAACAAGAAUCUUACUGGAACAGCUCGAUAUGCAAGUGUUAACACCCAUCUUGGAAUUGAGCAAAGUCGGAGGGACGAUCUGGAAUCUCUUGGCUACGUGCUUAUGUAUUUUCUUCGAGGAAGUCUUCCUUGGCAAGGCCUUCGUGCGGGUACCAAAAAGCAGAAGUAUGACAAGAUCAGCGAAAAGAAAAGGCUUACACCGGUAGAGGUUCUCUGUAAAUCCUUUCCACCUGAGUUCACAUCAUACUUCCUCUAUGUACGAUCAUUGCGGUUCGAAGACAAACCAGAUUAUCCAUACCUAAAGAGGCUUUUCAGGGAUCUCUUCAUUAGAGAAGGUUAUCAGUUUGAUUAUGUAUUUGAUUGGACAAUCUUGAAGUAUCCACAGUUUAGUUCCGGCUCCAGCUCUAGCUCCAAACCAAGAUCAAGCCUGAGACCAGCUAUGAAUCCUCCAGUACCAACUGCUGAAAGAUCAGAUAAACCUUCAGCUGGAGCUGGGCAAGACAGUCGCGAUAGAUUCUCAGGUGCUUUAGAGGCAUAUGCUAGAAGAAACGGCUCAGGAAGCGGUGUGGUUCAAGCUGAUCGAUCUAGACCAAGAACCUCAGAGAAUGUAUUAGCAUCAUCAAAGGAUACAACUCCACAAAACUAUGAGAGAGUCGAAAGACCAAUCUCUUCAACAAGACACGCAAGUUCUUCAAGAAAAGCUGUUGUCUCGAGCGUACGAGCCACUUCUUCAGCUGAUUUCACAGAGAACCGCUCGAGCAGAGUUGUCCCAAACAAUGGCCGUUCCUCAACCGCUCAGAGGACUCAGCUUAUCCCUGACCCAACCACUAGACCAUCGUCUUCUUCUUUUGCCCGAGCUGCGCCGUCGAGGACUGCGCGUGACAUCACGCUCCAGAGCUUUGAGCUACUCACCAUAGGGAAUGGAAAGAGGAAGUGAGAAGCUGGCUUUAUUGGUGAGUGAGUGGAGGAAACUACGACAUUUUUAUGGAUGGAUACUUUGUUUUUAUUUCACGAAAUUAUCGGUUUCCUAAUUUAAGGAAUAAAUCGAACAUCAUUUGAUUACAAAUUAUAUGUGAUAAGUAUAUGGUUUUAACUUGUUAAGCUCUUCACUAAA